AUGAUCGAGCAACUGUUAUAUUUACUCAUUUCAACCAAGCCAAUAAUCAACAAUUUUCAUCUAAAGUUGUUCAAAUUGGCUAUUUAUCUUCUUGAACAUCACUAUGUUACAUUUCAAGAUGAAGAAAAUCUUCAAGAUGUUGCUAACCGUGCUAAAAAUUGUAUAACAAUUUUAAUAGCUUGGUUUCAGGAGAAUAUGAAAAACCCAAUGGCAUCAACUAUAAUUGGUCGACUUUAUAUAGUUCAAUCUUUAGGUGAAAAAUAUUAUUUACGAACUUUACUUAGCUAUGUAAAAGCAUUGUGUAAAGAUGUUUUAUAUCAAGCUAAUGUGCAAUUACAAGAUCUCAAUAAUGCAAAUGAUAUUCUUGCUACAAUUGAACAUAAAGCUCUUACUCAAUUGGAAAAUAUACUUUUACUAAGUGAAAAAUCUUUAAAAAAUUUUUCUAAUAUGCCAAUUUCCUCUAUUACUUCAAAUAUCAAUAAUAAUAAAAAGGAAUUAAGUCAUUUAAUAUGUGAAGAGAGAUCUUAUAAUGCAAUAUACCUUUAUUAA